UCGAGAACCGAUGGGCGGAAGAGGGGAACGCUAAAACGACGGAUAAUAAAAGAUCGUAGGCAAUAAAGAAGCUGAUAAUUAAAGACAGACGUGACACGGCUGAUCGUGACGUCACAUGUAAACGUUUGACAACGUUGAAUUUUAAAGGUUUCCAGGCUGUCAUUUUAGAUGCAAAGUUAAAAAAUCUACAAUGUCUUACAAACUUAAAUUCCUUAAACCAGGUGAUGACAUAUUUACCGAAGACCGUAGUGAUGUAGACAAGACAAAUGGGACUUCCUUUAUCUAUAAUCCCCACCAUUCUAUGACAAUUGAUAAACAGCGCCAGAGGUUGCCUGUUUUCCCAGCGCGAAACCAUAUACUCUAUUUGAUAGAGAAAUUCCAGACCACCAUAGUUGUCGGAGAGACUGGUUCUGGAAAGAGUACACAGUUACCACAGUAUCUCAGAGAAGCUGGUUGGCCUGUAGAUGGAAUAAUAGGUAUAACACAGCCCAGGCGCGUUGCAUGUACCUCGCUUGCCAAUCGCGUCGCAGAUGAGUGUGACGUUAUAUUAGGGCGAGAAGUCGGUUAUUCAAUACGGUUCGAUGAUCGCUGCAUACCAGGGACCACACAAAUAAAGUACAUGACAGAGGGCAUACUAGUUCGAGAGAUGAUGGCUGAUCCCUUAUUAAGACAGUACUCAGUAAUGAUUUUGGACGAGGUGCAUGAAAGAACACUGUACACAGACAUAGUUCUUGGCCUGAUGAAGAAAAUUUUAAAAAGACGGCGAGAGUUGCGCUUAGUCAUCAGCUCGGCAACUGUGGACGCAGAUCAACUGUACAAUUUUUUCAACUUCAAUACAACUAGCAAAAGAGAGAAAGAUACAGCAGCUGUUCUUUCAGUGGAAGGCCGUACCCAUCCAGUUGAUAUCUUUUAUCUGGAAGAUGGAGCAGCUGACUAUGUAAAAUGUAGUGUUGAGACAGUAAUGAAGAUCCACAGAAAAGAACCUGCUGGGGAUAUUCUGGUUUUUCUAACAGGAGUUGAAGAGGUUGACAACUGUGUGUCAUACCUGAAGGAAGAGGCUGCUUCUCUCAAGAAAAAUGAAGAUUCUCUGCUUGUUUUGGCAAUGCAUGGGAGUCUAAGUAAUAGUGAACAGUUACGUGCCUUCCAGUCUUCACCUGUUGGAGUAAGGAAAGUUGUUGUGGCAACCAACAUUGCUGAGACUUCUGUUACAAUACCUGGGAUUGUGUAUGUGGUGGACUGUGGGUUUGCAAAGCUCCGAUGGUACAAUGUGAAGAGUCAUACGGAUUCGCUGGUAGUUGUUCCUACCUCAAAAGCAUCUGCCACUCAGAGAGCUGGAAGAGCAGGAAGGGUGCGAUCAGGAAAAGUGUACAGGUUGUAUCCGGAGGAAGAGUUUGACAAGUUGAGUGAAGUCACUCCACCUGAGAUGGUCAGAACAAAUCUCUCACCUGCAGUUCUUAGUCUCAUGGCCUUAGGGAUUGAAAAUAUGCUCAGGUUUGACUUCCCUUCACCACCUCCUGCUGGACACCUAACAGCUGCCUUGGACGAACUUGUUGCCCUUGGAGCUCUCGGUGAAGAUGGCACACUGACCAGACCUCUAGGACAACAGAUGGCAGAAUUUCCCUUGUCUCCACAGCUAUCAAAGAUGCUUCUUGUGUCAGGGGAUUUUGAAUGUUCGCAAGAAAUACUGUCAGUGGUAGCAAUGCUGCAAGUACAAAAUGUAUUCAUAACCCCAAGAGGCCAGGGAGCUCAAGCAAAAAUUUGCCACAGAAAGUUUCAGGUAAAUGAAGGAGAUCUAAUAACACUGUUGAAUGUAUUCACUGCUUAUGUCAAACAUGGUGAAUCAAAGCAAUGGUGUGUCAAGAACUUCCUUAAUCAUCGUGCACUCCGGAGAGCAUCUGAAAUCCGAGGAAGAAUGGAGAAACUAAUUGUUAAUUUUGAAAUUCCUCUAAAAUCAUGUGCAGGUGGUGUAGAUGCAGUAUGCAAAUGUAUCACAGCUGGCAUGUUUCCGAAUGCUGCUUUCCUCCAUCACUCUGGAUCAUAUAAAACUGUGCGAGGACAACAAACCCUGCAUAUCCAUCCAUCAUCUAUGCUCUACAAAGAAAGUCAACCACAGUGGGUGCUGUUUCACGAGGUGCUACACACAUCUCGGGUAUUCAUGAGGGACCUUACUGUCAUUGAUCCUGCUUGGUUAUUAGAACUAGCCCCACAUUUCUAUGAGAAGGCAACCUUAAGGAAUCAAUAAACUUGAAGCUUCAAA